UCCGGAAAGGAGGAGGGAAGAGGAGAGGGCAAGGCGAAGGAGGACCCGAGAAGACCGAGAGCCGGGAGGAAGCGCGGGAUGGCUCCGCCUCGGGGGCAGCUGACGCUGCAGUUGCAGCUGCCGCUGCUUCUCCUGGUUCUCUGGGGUUGCUGGAGCCCGAGCUCCGCGGGCAUCUACUACCGAAAGGGCCAGAGCUGCUACCGACCGCUGCAGGGGUUCCAGCCCCGGGAGCACAGGACCUACCCCAGACCCCAUGAAUACUUGGCUCGCUCUGAGCUGCCCAAAGCCUGGGACUGGCGCAACGUGAACGGGGUCAACUAUGCCAGCAUCACCCGGAACCAGCACAUCCCCCAGUACUGCGGCUCCUGCUGGGCCCACGGCAGCACCAGCGCCCUGGCAGAUCGAAUCAAUAUCAAGAGGAAGGGAGCCUGGCCAUCGACGCUCCUGUCUGUGCAACACGUGAUUGACUGUGGCAACGCUGGCUCCUGUGAGGGCGGCAUGGAUCUCCCGGUGUGGGAAUACGCUCACAGGCAUGGCAUUCCCGAUGAGACCUGCAACAACUACCAGGCCAAAGACCAGGAAUGUGACAAGUUUAACGAAUGUGGCACAUGCAACGAAUUCCAAAAUUGCUAUUCUAUAAAGAAUUAUACCCUCUGGAAAGUUGGGGACUAUGGUACCCUUUCUGGGAGAGAAAAAAUGAUGGCAGAAAUAUAUACAAAUGGCCCUAUCAGUUGUGGCAUAAUGGCAACGGAAGCCUUGGAUAACUACACUGGAGGGAUCUAUUUUGAAUAUAAUCCUCAACCUGAGAUAAACCAUAUCAUUUCUGUGGCUGGGUGGGGUGUUAGUGAUGAUGGAACAGAAUACUGGAUUGUCCGAAAUUCAUGGGGUGAACCGUGGGGUGAAAAGGGCUGGCUGAGGAUUGUAACCAGCAGAUAUAAAGAUGGACAGGGCAGUAAUUAUAAUCUUGCUAUUGAAGACAUGUGUUCAUUUGGGGAUCCCAUAGUUUAAGUUUUAUUAAAAUUAACUGCUUCUAAUUAGCUUACCUCACGCUCAGUGAUUACAUCCUAAAUAUUUAGUGAAAUAGACUUCUAAAGGUGGAAAAUAUGUCUACAAGCCACUUUUUGCCUCCUAUUCAGAAAACUGAUCUACCCAAAUCUGUAUAGGGUUUUUGGUUACAAUAAAUUACUGUAGAAAAGUUCCACUCAA